CUGAGAUGCAUACAUUUAACUUCUUAACUUCCUUCUCGUUAAGGAUAGGCUAAUGCGAAUAAGGAGUCGGGCAUAUAAAGGGUGGGAAACGGAAUGAAUUAUUCAAGAAAACAAGACAGCUUAUCAGCAAUAUAGAAGGUGUCGAAGUGUCCAUUUGAAGAAAUGAAAUUAAUAAUCUUCAUGUGCCUUGCCGCAUCAGCAGUUUGUCAGACAGAAGGCCUGACUGCUGAAGCUGUGAAUGAGACGGAAUAUGAAGUUGGUGUUGAAAUCAGGGACGAAGACGGGGAGCUUGUUUCACAGUCUGAUAUAUUUAUACACGAGGACUUUCAAGUGGAGAAGCCGGUGAACAUCAGCGUCUGUUUGAUCAAAGAGAUCAACGACACCAGCACAUGUUUCAAUGAGAAACCUUUAACCUUUGAACUUCCCUCAUCUAUCUGGGCUCAUUGUGAGGGUCGUGAAAUACGUAUACUGGAGGCAACAGAGUGUGAGGACGAUUUGGAAACAGAGCAGGGAGAAGAUGGUGCCGAUGAGAGCGAGCCUGGACUACGGAAGAAGCGGUUCUAUAACAGCUACGGUUCAUGCUGUCGAUGGCAGCCGUUUUACUAUACUCGGUAUUUCCUUUACUGUUGCCAGAGCAAUUGGUUCGGCUAUUGUUCGAGGAGGUGUAGAUAUUACGCAUCCUCCAUCAUUUGGACCAGAAGCUGCGUGUACGGAUACAAAUACGGCUACUAUUAAUUGCAAAAGGAUUGAUUUCAAGGUUGAUUGUGUACUUCCAUUCGAUAGUUUUGAUUAACAUGAGUUUUGUUUUACUUUUGUUUGUACCAAUGAGCAAUAUUGAUUCAUAUUGCAAUUUAAUUUACUGUUAUAUACUUUACCACAAACACUCUCUCUACAAACUCUAGAAACACAUUUAGCAAAACACCUUGUCCAAUUUAUUUAAACAGUGUAAUUGUUAGUUAUUGCUUAUAAAAUACGUCUUAUAAAUAUGUGUGGUCGUUGAAAUAAUUCGUUUGUCUUAUUGUUUCUAUCUUUGUUUGAUUAUGUUAUUUGCUCUUUUUUGAAAAUGCUCUGAUACAGAUAUAGUUACAAUGGU